GAUAGGAAUAUAUCCCUACAGAUAGGGAAAUAACGAUAAAAACAUUCAAGAAGAAACAGACAACAAUGUCGUGUUCGGAUUCGCAAUCGUCCAACAAAACGUGGGAAUUAAGUAUGUACGAAUUGCAUAGAACUCCUCAGGAUUUAAUUACAGACAAUACAGAAAUAGCAGUGUUACCUAGAAGUCUUCGUACCGAGUUGAGAUGCCCUAUUUGUUUAGAUUUAUUAAAAAAUACCAUGACAACCAAAGAGUGUUUGCAUCGCUUCUGUCAAGAAUGCAUUAUAACAGCUCUGAGAAGUGGAAACAAAGAAUGUCCGAACUGUAGAAAAAAACUUGUUUCGAAAAGAUCGUUACGUCCCGAUCCGAAUUUUGACAUGCUUAUCUCGAAGAUUUAUCCCAGUAGAGAAGAAUACGAAGCUCAUCAAGAAAGAGAAUUGGCAGAAUUGAAUGUACAACAUAGUCAGGCUGUUGCUCAUAGCAUAGAAGAAGGAAUGAGAAUGCAAGUAUUGAAUCGAACAAAUCAAAAAGUUAAGAAACAGUUUGGCGAAGAGAACGGUUCCUUGCCCGUUCCGCUACCCGUUCCGGCGUCCAAGCCGAAUCCCACCGUUCCCGUCUCCAUACCCGUUUCCAUUCCGGUGCCGGUCUCCGUCGACGGUGCGUCGUCGCAGCCCCGUAAGAAACAGAAGUUGAGAUUGGAAGUGGAUUUGCCUUCGAGAGAACGGGACGAUCACGACGGCGGAACGGAAUCCGAGACGUUGGAAGCCGUCGGACAGGACGUGGAAAUCGGUCCCGGAGCGCCGAAUGAAAUCGAACUCGUUUUCAAACCCCAUCCCGACGACGUGGACGAUACGGAUCUGAAUUUGUUGCAAGUUAGAUAUAUCAAGACUACCGCAAAUGCUACAGUGGACCAUUUAUCCAAAUAUCUUGCAACUAGGAUAGCACUAGACAGAAGACAAGAUGAUCCCACUUCCAAAUUAUUAUCCGAGUUAUCGCCCUUUUCUAUUUUUAUAGCAGUUUCUCACGGGCAGUUUCACCUAUUGAAGGGAAGCUUAACCUUAGAUCAAGUAAAUGAAAAAUAUUGGAAAGUAAAUAAACCUUUGGAAAUGUACUAUGCAUUUAGAAAAUCUUGAAAUAAUUUGAUUACAACUACAAAUUGUCUGUCUCCUUUAAAGUUUACAGUGCAAAUAUAUUACAGGGUUUGAGUAGUUUGACUACAUCUAACAGCUUAUUCUUAUAAAAAUUCCAUUAAUAGUUCAUGCAAAAGUUUAUUAAAUCUUUAUAUGAAUUUAAAUCUUAUUUUAAUAAUACAGAGUAAUUUAUAGCUGUAUAAUAUCGUACAUUGAAAAAUAAAAUUGAAAUUUAGAACAAAGAGUCUAAAAGUAAUUAAGAAUAUUAAGAAUACAUAAUUUUAUAGAUGAUUCUUGAUUAUAUUUUAAGAAUAUAUCAUCAAAUUUUUUAGUAUCUCUUGGUUAUCUAUGAUUGCAAAUUAAUUGGGAUGUCAAAUGAAACAGUAUGUGGCCAAAAGUAAUUGAGAUGCUGAAAUAAAGAAUGAGCAGAAUAAGAAAAAAAAAAUAUUAUACAGAAAACUAUUCUGUAAACAUAUAUUUUACCAUCUGGCUAAUUUUUUGAAGGAAUUCUGCAGGUCUACAAUACCACUAGUUGUCAAAAGAUGGCUAUUAUUAUGUUCAUCCAAAAUGUGUCAAUUCAUUUACAAUUUUUUUAAGAUUCCAGAGGUUUUACUGCAUUGGUUGGGCAUGAUGUUUCAACCCUUAAAUAUUUGAAUUGUUUAAAAUCAGGAGAGCUUUGUAGCACUGACAACAUUACUAACAGUUAUGUUCUGAUGCAAUUUCAAGUGACAAUAUGCAGUUUGUUUUAUUUUUUUAUUUGUCUCCAAGAAAGUAAUUGCAAUUCUAAAAUUAAUUUAUAACUUAAAUAAAUGUUUA